UGAGGGUCCGCGUGACGUUACAUGGAAAUAUUUUCCAGAUGCGCGCUGAGUAGUGGCGCAGAAUCCUCUAUUUUUGGCUAUUUCGAAAGUUCUACGCUUGCACAAUAGUUUGAUUUCUUUAGGUCGCCUGUAGUAAUAAGAAAUAAUGUUGAAUUAUGAAGACGGAUUUCAGGACGAAUUGGAAGGGGUCCGCCAACCUCGCUGCGUGAAGUAAACUGCGUUUGGUUUGUUCAGCUCUUCAGUCCUUUUCAGAGACCAAAAUGAGGGCAAUGCAUGCCAUUCUAAUAAUUUUCAUCUGCCUUCACUAUAGUUGGGGUAAGAAGAUGCGCUGGUGCACGGUGUCUGAGCCGGAGCAGAAGAAGUGUGCGGAGCUGGCCAAGGCCCUGGUGGCAGUGUUGCCUCCUGCUGCUGUGGCAGCAUUCGCAAGGCUCUCCUGUGUCCUCGCCUACAGCACCACCGACUGCAUCAACAAGAUCAGGGCUAACCGUGCUGACAUGGUAACAUUGGAUGCAGGGGAAGUCUACACUGCAGUGAAGCAGUUUGGCCUCACUGCCAUUGCCAAGGAGAUCUACAGGGACGGAGGCUGUAUUCUGUCGGUGGCGGUGGUGAGGAACAGCACCCUGGACGUGCGCUCCCUGCAGGGCCAGAGAAGCUGUCAUACUGGGGCCCGCUGGACGGCAGGCUGGAGUCUACCCCUGGGCUUCCUGCUGUCCCGCAACUACCUGACCUGGGCAGAGGAGCAGACACUCAGUCUGGCGGUCAGUGCCUUCUUCAAUGCUAGUUGUGUUCCUGGGGCGGCUGCCAUAGCACCCGUCCUGUGUGCCCUGUGUCAGGGUCAGAAGUCCUACAUCGCCCAGCGCAACUUCCACUGUGAAACGGCACAUGGCGAACCCUUCUACAACAGCCAGGGGGCGCUCAGGUGUCUCAAGACUGGGGCAGGGGAUGUUGCUUUUGUGGACCAUACAGCCCUGGAGGGUAUUGAAGAGAGUGAGAGGAAGGAUUACCAGCUGCUGUGUACUGAUGGUACCCGUGCGCCACUAAGCCACUAUGGGACCUGCAACUUGGGAAGGGGACCAGGACAGGGCAUGGUCACUCGACUCAAUGUUCGUAAGAUCGCACGCAAGUUCCUGGCGGCAGCACAGAUGGCGUUUGGUCGGCGGGGUAGAGAGAGGCAGCGUUUCCAGCUCUUUGACUCUGCUCCGUUCGGCGCCGCUGAUCUGCUCUUCAAGGAUGUCACAGAGAAGCUGUCCAUUCUAGAGGAUAACAAGGACAUCAGUCAGGUGCUGGGGCUGGACUAUGUGGCUCUCCUCAAAGGCCUUGGACAUGAAGGAAGCUCAUUGGAGGACAGUGUUGUGCGUUGGUGCUGCAUUAGCAAUGCAGAACAGAAGAAAUGUGAGCAGUGGGCUCUCAGCAUUAAGUCAGACCCAUUGGUGUGUGUUAGAGCCAUCUCCAUGAGCGAUUGUGUCGAGAAGAUUAAGAGAGAUGAGGUGGAUGCUGUCUCACUGGACGCCACGCACGCAUUCAUCGCUGGGAAAUGUGGCCUUGUCCCCGUGGUAACAGAGUAUUAUGGGAAGACGUGCGUACCGGCUGAGGGAGGAGCUGAAAAAGCAGGCCAUUUAGAGACGGAUGUGUUGCCAUCCGUCGUUGGUGUGGCGGUCGUGAAGCGCUCCACCAGGGGUGUGUUCUUUGGGAACUUUGGGGGCAGGCGCUCCUGCCACGGCCACAUGUACAGCCCUGCAGGCUGGCUUCUGCCCUUUAGACACAACCUCAGCCUGGAACACAACAACACCUCUCCCUGUGAACCAAACCAAGUGUAUAACGAGGUGUUCUGGAAGGGCUGUCUCCCUGGUUCUCAGGGAAACCUCUGUAAAGUGUGUAUGGGGGGRACUGGGGAGGCUGCCACCAAACGCUGUGCAGACAACCACAAUGAGCGUUACUACGGCAACAUGGGGGCUUUGAGGUGCCUGGUGGGAGAUGCCAGUGGGAAGAGCUAUGGAGAUGUGGCCUUUGUUGAGCAGCACAAUCUAGAGAGCAACAUCCUCAGUCUGAGCCCCAGUGGGUGGGCGGAUGGGUGGCUGUCCUGGGACUUUGAGCUUUUGUGUGGGGAUGGCCGGCGGGAACCUUUAUCUGAAUGGGAGAACUGUAACCUAGGAGCCAUCCCACCCAACAUCAUCAUGACAAGACCUGUGCUCACUUCUCGCGUCUAUGACUUCCUCAUGAAGUCACAGGAGACUCUGGCAUCCAACCCAGACACAGAAUUCAGGCUGUUUCAGUCCCAGCAGUAUGGAGAGAGUGAUCUGCUGUUUAAAGACGCCACUCAGUGCCUCAUCCACACCAGUCACCUGGACUACCGCACCAUACUUGGAGAUGAGUUCUACAGACUAGCAGAGAGUGUCUUCAACUGCACACACUCAGACAUCUUGGAAUUUUGCAACCAGGACGUGUGCAGCAUAUUUUGAGCAACAGAGAGAAGAGAAAUCACAUGUUUCACAUUGACCUAUUGUGGAGGCCCUAACCAAUGGUUUGCCAAAAUGUAAUAUUGUUUCUUGCUACUUGUAAUUCCUCAGUCCACARCCAKCUGAAUGUUAAAAWAUAUAUAUAAUUGUCAGAUACAUUUCAA